AUGCGGUGGUGUUCCCGCCGGCAAAUUUGGGAUCUUUUUUCGAGGUGCGGUGGUGGUAAUGUGGGGUUAUUGCGCAGCAAGGUGGCGACGUCGAGGAGGCGGAUGCAGGAGGCCGGCGGCGGCGGCGGGGGGUGUAUGACGGGGAACCCCAUCGACGACUGCUGGCGGUGUGCCGGGACGGACUGGAGGCAGGACCGGCAGCGGCUGGCGGAGUGCGGCAUCGGGUUCGGGCGCAACGCCAUGGGCGGGAAGGGCGGGCCGGUGUACGUGGUGACCGACUCCUCCGACCGCGACGCGGUGAACCCGGCGCCGGGGACGCUCCGGUACGGCGCCAUCCAGGAGGGGCCCCUCUGGAUCGUCUUCGCCGGCGACAUGACCAUUCGCCUCAACGAGGAGCUCCUCGUGAACAGCUACAAGACGAUCGACGGGCGCGGCGCCAACGUCCACAUCGCCGGCGGCGCCUGCAUCACGCUGCAGUACGUCUCCAACGUCAUCAUCCACAACCUCCACGUCCACGACUGCGUCCCCGCGGGCAACGCCAACGUGCGCGCCUCGCCGACGCACUACGGCUACCGCACCCGCUCCGACGGCGACGGCAUCUCGCUCUACUCCGCGCGCGACGUGUGGGUCGACCACUGCGCGCUCUCCCGCUGCGCCGACGGCCUCAUCGACGCCAUCAUGGGCUCCACCGCCAUCACCGUCUCCAACAGCUACUUCUCCCACCACAACGAGGUCAUGCUGCUCGGCCACAGCGACGACUACCUCCCGGACUCCGGGAUGCAGGUCACCAUCGCCUUCAACCACUUCGGCAUCCAGCUCGUCCAGCGGAUGCCCCGCUGCCGGCGAGGCUACUUCCACAUCGUCAACAACGACUACACGGCGUGGGAGAUGUACGCCAUCGGCGGCAGCGCCAGCCCCACCAUCAACAGCCAGGGCAACCGCUACAUCGCCCCCGCCGACCCCAACGCCAAGGAGGUGACGAAGAGGGUGGACACGGAGGAGGGGCAGUGGGCGGGGUGGAACUGGAGGACGGAGGGGGACAUGAUGGUGAACGGCGCCUUCUUCGUCCCCUCCGGCGAGGGCCUCGAGGCCAUCUACGACAAGGCCUCCAGCACCGACCCCAAGUCGUCGGCGCUCGUCGACCAGCUCACCGCCGGCGCCGGCGUCCUCGGCGGCCCCAGGGACAACGGCGAGGCGGCGGCGUACGCCGGCGUGAACUACGCCGGAAUGGGAGCCGGCAGCAGCGGCGGCGGCGGUGGCGACGGCGGGCUGGGAUACGGCUACCUCGGGAUGGUGUACGGCAGCGGCGGCGAUUGGAGCUGCCGGGCUGAGCUGACACUGCAGCUGACCUCAUUGUUUAUUGCACUCGUUGCUCUCAUAUGCUUGCACCCAUUGUGA